CUGUCGCGCCGCCCUUCGUCUCCGUCUCUGCUCGCUCUGCAGGCUUCAUGUGAACACAGACCUGAAACGGUCCUGGAGUAAACUGUUUGUGGCAAGCGAUAACUUUGCGAAGAGCGAUGGAGAGCCUGGAUCACGUGGAAAACGAUCUGCCUCUUCAGCUUCCGUCUCUUCGCCUCUUCAUCCCUCCCCUGCGGUUAGUUUCUGGCGCCAUGUGGCACACUGUGCAAAGCAGAAACAUUCAGGAUUACGGGAUGGUGGAAAAGUUCGUCAGCACGGUCACAGAGAUUCUGCCAGAACUGUUGAAUCCGGAGCAGAAGGUCCAGCUUGUCCUUGGACUCCGAGCGCGAGUGGUUCUUGAACUAUGUCGGUCUGAGCAGAUUCCAGAUACAGAGUCUGUGAGGAGGCACCUGGAUCAGAUAAGGACUCUCAUGUCCACAUGGGCAGCACAGCCUUGUUUUGCCAAUGUCGGUCUUCAUCGCACAAACUUUGUGGAUCAGGUGGAACUGAUGUUAAAAGACCCAGAAGAGAAGAAGAAAUUCUUCCAGGAUGUUUUCCCCACAGAUUUUGGAGCCGAUUAUGACGACAGACUGCUGACGCUGAUGCUGGAUUUUGUGUCCAGACUGGAUAGGCUCCUCCCUGUACCAGACAUCCAGCAGACCGCAUACCUUCUCAGUGCAGUGCCUUCUGCUUUGGAGGAGUGUUUUCGCUCGGUACCCGACUCACAGCACCUGGCUGCUGUCCUGCGCUACCAUGCAUCGCUUGGAUGUAUUGAUUCCUCUAAUGAAACUCAGACGAUUUCAUCCUCUGCUGGGACCUCCAUCCUGUCAUCCCUGUGUCUUCCUCAGCUAGAGCAUCUCAUGAUCUGUUCCGACCCAAUACAGACACGGUCUUCUCCUGACAGCUUGACUGUUAAAGUGGAUGAAGAGACUGUGACAUUGGCUGAUGAUGCUCAGCCUUCUAGUCCAAUUGAGCCCAAAGAUCCUGAAGAAUCAAAUUUGGAAGCAGCUAUUCAAGAAGCACCUCAUGGGGACUCUGGUGAGGCCGCAGAGCCUCCAGACCUUCAGCCGCCACAACAAACCAGGUGGCUGCGACUGAGGAGAGCUUGUAAAGAAAAGCAAGAUCCAUCAAAGCCUAAAAGAGUACGAAGGAAAUGCCUCAACAUUAAAACAUGCCCCAUUUGCAAUAAGACUUUUCCUCGAGCUGCAGGCAUGAGACGGCACCUGGAAAUACACAAAUCAGAGCGGGAUUACAGUCACGAGUGCAGCAUGUGUGACAAACGAUUUAGAGACCAGUAUGACCUAAAGCGACACACCAUGCGUGUCCAUGAAAAGGGAGAGGUGGGUGCCAGCAGUAGAGGCUGGAAAUCAAAAGAGUCGACAAAUAACACCUGUCCUCACUGUGGGAAGUAUUUCGCCUGGCAGAGUGAUCUGAGGCGCCACGUAGAGACUCAUUCAGGGGAGCGACCACAUCACUGUUCUUUGUGUGACAAGAAGUUUAAAAAUCCAUACGCCUUGAAGUCACACGAGAAGAGCUGCAAAGCCCAGGAGGAGAAAAGGGCCAAGAAAAUGGAAAAGGAAAAUCCUGAGACGUCUCCAGAGGUUUUAACGGACCCUCCACAAGGUCCGCAAGAGGACAUAGACAGCAAUCCGCCUUUAUGUACGGAGCCGACUCCAUAUAUGCUGCUAUCUACUGAAGUCUCAGUCAGACAUAAAGUCUGUCCUGUCUGCAGCAUGAUCAUUAAGAACAACAGGGACAUUAAGAAGCAUUUACGAUCUCACUCUGAGGAACGGCCGUAUGUCUGCCUCACGUGUGAAAAGGGAUUCAAGUACAAAGACACCAUAAAGAAGCACCAAACUCUGAAAGGCCACGAAGGCAUCAGAGAGGUGCAGUGUAAGAAACUGGAGCGGCUUAUCUCUGAGGUUGAGGCUCAGGGCACCGAUGAUACUGGUGGACUUGAAGAAAUGAAUCCAGAUGCAUCCGAGGAUGCUCCAAAGGAGAGUCUGCCUGUUCUGAAGAUUUCUAAAAAAGGGCUGAAGGUGUGUCCCAUCUGUUCCAAGACCUUCGAUAUGAUAAAAACCUUGAACAAGCACCUCCAGUCCCACAGGGUUGAUCGGCCGUAUUUUUGCGUCCACUGCAAAAGGCGUUAUAAAGACUUGUACGGACUCAAAAGACACCAGAUCUAUGCGGUUUGUUACAACAAACCCCCACGUUACUCGCUAAAGAAAGGGCCCAAUCAAAGUGAAACGACCAAUACGGAUCUUCAACAAAUCUUCGUCUGGUGCUCCAACUGCAGCCAACACUUCGAAUCCCUGUCUGCUCUCAAGGAGCACCAUAGAACCGUGUGCAGAGCCGAACCAACCGUGAAGAAGUGCAACGAGUGCGGGAAGGAGUUCAAGAGUAUAACGAUGCUCAAGGUGCACAAGAACAUUCACAACCCGUUGUACUGCAAAGACUGCAAAAAGAUCCUAGCCGACGAGCCCGCCUUCGAGCGGCACAAGUUGUUGCACAGACCGAUGCAGUGCACCAUGUGCGACAAGACUUUCAUCAUCUCCAGGCGUCUGAGGGAACAUUACGAGAAGGAGCACAACUUUACAGGGCCCUUCCCGUGCACUCAGUGCGACAAGAUCUUCGUCCAGUUGUCCUACCUCAUCAUCCACCAGCGGGUCCACAGAGGAGAGUUUCCCUUCGUCUGUGACAAGUGUCCUGCAAAGUUCAGGACUUCCUCCUUGCUGACAGUUCACCGACGGAAGCACUCUGGGGAGAAGCCUUUCCUGUGCUGGCAGUGUGGGAAGUCUUACCGCGCUGCCUCAGACCUCUCCAUGCACAUGGGAACCCACUCUGAGGAGAGACCCUGGUCCUGCACUCAGUGCGAUAUGGCUUACCGCACAAAGGCACAGCUUAAGAACCACGUGGAGCAAGUCCACCUCUGUAUCAGGUUCACAUGCGCCACCUGCGGGAGGCAGUUCAUGAAGGAGAUGUCGCUGAAGAGGCACGAGCUCACUCACACAGGCGAGAGGCCUUUUCCCUGCACAGAGUGUGGGAAAUCCUUCCUGACGGGUAACGAGCUCCUGCGGCACAGCAGGUACCACACCGGGGUGCGCCCGUACAAGUGCGAGGUGUGCUGCAAGGGCUUCAUCCAGUCAAGCUACUUAAAGAUCCACAUGCGCCUCCACACAGGAGAAAAGCCGUAUGCCUGUGACAUCUGCGACAAACGCUUCAGAUUGUCUAGAAACAUGCAGAAACACAGGAGGACUCACGACGGGAAAAAGAUCUUCACAUGUGAGAUCUGUGGAUUCGGUUUCGCCCAGAAGAAAUUGCUGAACGAACACUGUGUCACCCACGAACAGAACAUUGAGAGGGGAUACACAAAUGAAAUCGAGUUGGAAUGUCAAUAGAGGUUUUCAAUAAACAUGUUUAAAAUGUCCUAAUGUUUUUUGAGGCAUUCCUAUUCCUUUGUUAAAUUGUUCAGAGGGAUGUUUUCAGUUGACCUUUCUCUAUCAUCUUUAGUCAACGACAUUGAACUAGAAGAUAAGAACUUCUAUGAAGUUGGACAAUGAAAUUUUUAUUAAUAUCUUCUACUGAUUCAAUAAUAAAUUUGUAACUGUAUUCUUUUUUUCUCAGGCUGCUGGAGUUGUCCUGACCUUCUAUUGUUCUUAGAUUCUAAUUAAGCCCAAAAUAAAUGCUGAAUUGUUUUUUGGUUACAGAAAAGUCUAAUUUUAACUAGUUAUUGGUCAACAAAUGUGCAACAAUACUAUAAAUCAUUAAGCAAAUAUAUAAAGUUAUUGCCAAAUUA